CUAUUCUUUGGUGGGGAGUGGGGAUGCAUCCGUCAAAAGCAUGCUAUGCUAUCUAUAAUAAUUUUAACAAGAAAUAUGUGUUUUAUAAAUGUAGUAAAAGUUCGAUACGAUGAGUGUUCUGUAAUAAGUGCUUUUUAAUCUUAAUAUCUAGACUAAAUAAUCAAUCCCGGCUCAAUCUCAGUGUCAGAUUAGUCGGGUUUCUAAAUAACAAAAAAGAACUAAGCGGUCCGCGAGUGUAAAGAAACCUAUUUUUUAUGUUAAUUCAAAAUGACACUACUUGGAAACGUUUUCGUGUGUGUUACGGACACCAACAAAACCGAUUUUGAGGAUUCUUAUAAAGAAUUAGUAAAAGAUUUUGUACCAGAAUGGGUUUGUGCCCUAGAAUAUGUACCUUGGUGUUGGGCCAUUUUUGGUGCUAUCCUUGUUGGACUCAGCGGUGUUUUGCCGCUCCUUGUCAUACCACUAGACCAAUCUGAAAAUUUAAAGCAAGGAGAUAGUGCCAAUAGACUAAAAACGUUACUCAGUUUUGCGGUGGGUGGACUACUGGGGGAUGUGUUCUUACAUUCCCUUCCUGAAAUUUGGGCAAAUGACACUGCCACCUAUGGUGGUGGCCAUCACAUCUCAAAUAGUGGACUACUAAUCCUGACAGGUCUCAUAAUAUUUGUGACUGUUGAAAAACUAUUUUCUGUGAUAGAACAAUUAGAAAAAAAUUAUAAAAAUACAGAAAAUACUCCUGAGAAUAACAAUACCAAAGGUCUUAAACAGCCAGUAGAACAAAAAAAAUCGGUUGCGGGAUACCUCAACCUUGUAGCAAACACCAUGGAUAAUUUCACCCAUGGUUUAUCAUUAGGAGGAGCAUUCCUGGUAUCACUGAGGUUAGGUUUACUCACUACCUUUGCCAUAUUAGUUCACGAAAUCCCUCAUGAAGUGGGUGACUUUGCAAUUCUGCUCAAAUCUGGAUUCACUAGGUGGCAUGCAGCUGUAUUUCAAAUUCUUACAGCUGGAGGAGGCCUAAUUGGGGCCAUGGCGGCUAUAACGUUUAGCGGGGCGCGUACUGCUCUGGAAGCAAGAAGUUCCUGGAUUUUGCCAUUCACUGCAGGGACAUUCCUUCAUAUAGCUCUGGUGACUGUUCUUCCCGAUUUACUCAAAGAGGAAGACCCAAAAGAGUCCUUCAAGCAACUAUUAGCUUUAAUCCUAGGGAUCAGCAUAAUGGCGUUUGUUACAAAUGUUUUAGAAUAGAAAACAUGAUAAAUAAGAAUGACUAUCGUAGAUAUUAAAUAUUUAUUUAUAAGGUGAGAUGUUGAACAUAUAUGUUAUUUAGAAGUGACGAUGAAAUGCGUAACAUGAUUUGUAUAAAAAUCUGAGAUUUUUUUACAAAUAAAGUCUUAAUAAAAAUCACACACAUAUCUAAGUACAAAACUUCGUCUAAUUCAAUUAUUUUUUUAUGAACUUGUAAUAUUUUAUUGUAUAGGCUUUUUUCAAGGUUUGAAGUAUUUAAUAUUGUAAAUAUUUUCAUUUAAUAUUCUCAAUAACGAAAAAUAAAGUUUGAUACUCAUUAGUUUUUUUGUGUCUUAAAUUUCUAUGAAUUAGAUUUCCCUUUGUAUUAUUUCUGAUUUCAAUAGUUUUGUGUUCACCCUGUGUUCACCCAUUUGCAAUGUAUUUUUUAAAGUUAAUCAGAUAAAUAAUAAAUAUUCUUUAUUGGAUUGCUACCUUCGGGCCAUCAACUGAAGUUAAUUUUCUAUUAUAUCUGGAAAUGAAAGCUUCAUGUCCUUAGUAUUAAUACAUUUUAGUUUUGUAAUUUAAAUUAUUUGAACGUAUUUUGUCAUUUUUCUUUUGAAUUCGUAGAAAUUAAAGAAUAUUUUUUAUUAAAUAACGAUGGUCUUUCUUAAAAAAAUAAUUAAAAACGGAAUGAAUGCUGUGUUGAUAAAGUUGCCAUGAAUUUUAUAAUUCUCUAGUGAUACAUAAUUUUAAAGCUUUAUAUACAUAUUUUAUCAGUA